UAAAGAUGCUAAUUCAUACAGAGCAAGACUGGUUGGAUUCCCAGCUGUUAAACUCGCAGGAGUCUUUGUUUGUUUGUUGGCAUCAAUCAUUCCCUUCCGAAACAACACAGCAGGAAAAGUCCAACAACUUCAGCCGCUGUGUCUAUUUCCCUGCCUGGGCUCGGCACAGCAAGGCGCUGAGGUUUUGCGGAGAGUUACCGAUGAUACUUUAGAUUCCUAAAGCGAAACAAACCCCAGUUCUUGUCACAAAUUCAUCCCUUCCGUAGCUGCCUGCGCACGUGUUACUGCUGGGGCGGGGAUUUAAUUACUAGUAGGAACGGGUGUUACUUCAGCCCGGGACAGGAAAAAAAAUCCUCAAUCUCAUCUAACUCAUCCGAUAUUUAGCGCUGACCUUGACGACGUAUUCUCCAGGCGUGUCUGGAGAGGCCCGAUCCUACCAGACCCACGGGCAAAACUCACUGACUUCAGUGGGCGCAGGCCCUCUGUGGUAAAACCAGCCCCGGCAGCUGUAUCCCUGUGUCCAGCCGGCUGUACCGUGUUCAUUACCCAGAACGGUCCCGCCCAUCCUGGCCCCAUCGUCAGUGCCACAGCGUGACCAACUCCUUGCCCAGGGGAUUUAGGUGCCUCGAUGACGGCGGGUGAGAAGUGCCCUCGCAGGGGCUUUCCCCGACAAGGCUGCGCGCUGACAGAGGCUGGCUCAAUACUAGCACCCAGCGGCGCUGCUUGGGGCUCGGCGCUGCUGCUGCUCAGCCUGGUGCCGAAGCUGUAGUGCUGGCGGGGUGGCAGCGCUGCCGUUGCCCCGGCGCCUGGCCCCGCCUCGGCUUGCGGAGCGAUGGGCCGGGGCGGCGAGUGGCGCUGGCGGCCGAGCGGGUCUUUAGCCGGGAAAGCUCCGCGGGUGAUGUCAGCAGCAGGGGCUGGGCGGCUGCUAAAUAGGCGGGCGCCGCGGCAGCCGCCUCACACGGGCCGGGCACCGCCAUGGUCACGCACCCGCUGAGCCACGAGCGCCCCGGCCGGCCGCGCAGCCCCCCCAGCAAACGGCGGCGGGCGGCGGGCGCGACCCCCGAGGAGCGGGCUCAGCCCCUCUGCCGCGGCCUCGGCCUCCGGACGCCGGUGAAGAAGAGCAAGUGCCCGAGCUGCCCCGGGGAGCGGCCGCUGCAGGGCGACGCCGCGGGGCUCUGCCACCCCGGCAGCCCCGAGCCCGCCGACCGGCUAGAGCUGCAGGCCUUCCGCGACUACGGGGCCAGCUGGUACCGCUUCCGAAAGGGGCUGGAGAGCAAGUUCCACCCGCGCGAGCCUCUGGCCCAGCAGCCGCAGGUGACGGCGGAGGCCCGGUGUAAGUUGAUCAGCUGGCUGAUCCCUGUGCACCGGCACUUCGGCUUCUCCUUCGAGUCCCUGUGCCUGGCAGUGAAUACCCUGGACCGAUUCCUCACCACCACCCCAGUGGCUGCCGACUGCUUCCAGCUGCUGGGAGUCACUUCCCUCUUCAUCGCGUGCAAACAGGUGGAAGUGCAUCCGCCCAGAGUGAAGCAGCUCCUAGCCCUUUGCUGCGACGUCUUCUCCCGUCAGCAGCUCUGCAAUCUGGAAUGCAUCAUCCUAAACAAACUACACUUCAACCUGGGGGCACCGACCAUCAACUUCUUCUUGGAGCACUUCACCCACCUGCGUGUGGAGUCCUGCCAGGCGGAUACCAAGGAGGCAAACAAUGCCAAAGCUCUGGCCAAAGGGAUGGCCGAACUUAGCAUGGCCGACUAUGCUUUUAACAAAUAUCCCCCCUCCCUUCUGGCCAUUUGCUCCCUGGGACUGGCAGACCAGAUGUUGCACCACCAAAAUCCACUGGACUUGCAUAUAAGUGGCUACCCGGAGGAGGUUUUACAGGACUGCACGGAUAAACUGCAUUUACUGGUGUCUUUAAACGGAGAUUCUUUACCGCAUGUACUACCCCCUGGAUAUUUUUGAAAAGUGCUUGCAGCUGGGAAGUUAAGCUAACUGGACCAAUACACUUGAAACCCUCUUAUGGCAUCCAAAGCAUCUGUGAAUUUUAAGAGCAAUUUGGUUCCUUUUCAUCAAUGCAUUGUAUUUUUAAAACUAAUAAUUGCUAUACCUCUAAAGAUAACAGUAUUGGCCUUAUUCUCUUACUUAAUUGACUAAUCAAUGUAUUAUAUUUGUAUUUAUUUGAACUCUACAGUGUUGGUUUAGAGUUUUGAUGACAAAAAUUAAAUCACAUUUUGCACAUUUAAUUACUGUAUGUUAAUUGCACUGACAGAUUUUAUAUAUCUACAUUCCAUGUGUAAAUAGUGUAUAUAAUCCAAGUACUGUACAGUUUAUUUAUUUAGAAAAUGGUUCACUAAGCACACUAAGUUCACUAACAGAAGCCACAGGAAGAAUAAAAGAACGGUAUAAGCAUUUCUUAAUAAACUUUUUGUCACUGAUCAAUGA